UGACAAAAAUGAAGAGACCCGAUUGGUAGAACAGAGCCACGGCUUGCGGUGCAAGGAGGCAGUCACCUUGACAGAUCAUGUCAAUGUGAUUCGGGAACACUGAAGUGAAGUUGGUCGGCAAAGAUUUCUCCAGGAAAGGGGGACAUGAGAUGGCGCACGAACACAGGGUCCGACAAAGACAUUUGUCAUGGAAAAUUAUAAAAGACAAAGAAAAUCCCUUCAUAAACUGGGCGAACAACAACGGCAGCCAAACUCUUAGCAUCGACAUAUCUCAUACUUUGCAGAUCCGUAGCUCCAAGAGUAUGUUCCCUGCUUCAUCAACCACUUCCAUUAUCAAGAAGACUAAAUAGCUAACCUUCAUUAGAACCGCCUAUCCAUCGCCAUGAUCUUCAGCAAGAGCCUUAUCUCUAUGGCUGUCGCCGUGCUUCAGCUGGCUUCACUCUCCAACGCCGGUAUCGCCAACAGAGUCAAUUCCGGCGCAGCUGUAGUCACCUAUUCGCACGAUGGCAGAACUUGCUGCACUGAUGGCGAGCGUGGUGCUAACUUCAGCGAAGGCAAAUGCGAGUACAACUCUCAAACUUUGACCCCAAAUAUUCCUGACGACACCUUUGUGACCAAGUGCUGCUGGAAUAACACGGCCAACGAUUUUCAUGUUCAUUUUGUCGACGACCAUGAAGUGCGCCAAGUAUCACCUAUAGACAUCACAGGAAAUGCAACUGUGCCAAUCGAGGUUUGCAAUCUCGGCCUCAAGUGGAAUAUAAUAGAGUACAUCCUCACAGAUGACUACCUCGACAUCAAUGUCAACUUGGCCAUCGAUUGCGGACCGUUCAACCUGUCGGAUAGAGAAUGGAUUCGUAUUCACUUUGACAGCUCUUAUCGGGAUUCUGGCGAGUUUGCAUAUGAAAUCAGUGCGGUUGGCCCAACCAUCUAUGCAACAAUCACUUCCAAGAUUCACCGGAGCGAUUUCUCAGUCGACUUCCAUGGGCAGCUCACUGGAACGGGAAUCCUCAGCCAGCUAGACCAGUCAUUUGAUAAGAAUCUUAGGGCUGAUGAGGUGGCAGCCAUCCUCUCUAAGGCAGAUAUUUGUUAGUGAUGGAUAUGAAGAAUGGGGUUCCGUAUGGGAAACGGUAUUGCAGGUGUCUCCUCAACUCUGCCUCUCAAAUGAUGUACUUACUAUCUGAUCCGAGGUUGAUACUUGAGCGAAAUUAUAUGGAUCUCCUCAUAAUGCAAUUGAUCGACGGCAGAUCAUUUUGAACACUUUGUUAAAAUGUAGUUGGAGUGAGCUCAAUUAGAACAGCAUACUGAAAAUUGAAAAUUCUGAUGUGUAGCAAUUCAGGCGAAACAAUGCUGUAAGCUGACUCAAGAGCGAAGAAAGCUGCUUUUCACUUGUUUGACACUACUCGUGUAACGAUCAUUUCCGUUAUAGCCCGCGGAAUGGAUAAAAUCCUUGUAUAAAGAGGGGAUAUGCCACGGUAUUGAGAUCGCU